AAUAUCGACACUUUCAAGUCUUCUAUCAAUUCAAUAUGUUCGCUAAGUGCUUCGCCGCCGUCCUCCUCUGCGCCAUGAUCAUUGGCUCCCAGCAACAAGUUGUUGUCCCAGCGUACUACCCAUCAUACUAUCCAUCAGUAUAUUCUCCAUAUGUUGCUGCUGCCGCCUAUCCAUCAGUCUGGGCAUGGGGAUCCAACAAGAACAAGGACGACUCGGAAGCUCCACGUGCAUUCUCUAGACCAACUCUUCUCAAUAAUCAGAAGCCAACAAGUGCUUGAAGUGUGUGUGUGUGUGAUUACGAUACGAUGAUUUAAUUUUUGUAAAUUCGAAUAUUACAAGAACAAUAAACAGUUAAUCUUGCC